AUUGCUUUUCCAUCCUGGUUACCCGUCAGCCCAUGGACAAAGUGAUGGAGAACGACAAGCAACAAGCAGCCUGAACCCAUGUGCGGAACCAUGAGCAACUUUCUCCUUUCUGUUCUGCAUGCAGCCAGCGCUUUUCGGCUUGGCUUGGAUCCAACAAUUAAGUUGAAUACCUACCCCGGGGAGAGCCGUGAAAGCAUAAGUGAGCAUAGAUGGGGCCAGCAAAAUCGUCUGAAGCCAGAACGUAGAACCCAGCCUACUGCUGGUUGCCUGCGAAUACAUACAUACCUACCUACCUUACCUGGCUUAGUUACCUAUCUAUUCUAGUCCCCUUUUAUCCUGCUUGGCUGUUCAUCAUUGUUGGCAACCAUCUUCCUUUUUUUCUUCAAUUUUUUUUUUAAUUUGCACCUUUUUUGGCCAGCUCGAGAGUGUUCCGUAUUGACGCUUACUUGGUACACACUGGAAUCAAACCCAGGUCCUUUCCUACCCUGGUUAGCAGCCAAGUUCCCUUGCCGAAAUCUAGCCUCCCAUCGAGAUCUCGGCUAAGUUUCUGGGGGUGAAAUCAAGGGAGGCAAGGCUUCUCUGAACCACCGUGUUACCCGAAUGCCCACAAUGAGGGCCGCAGUGCAGUACACCCAACUUCCAUGAUAUCUGAGUGGUGCAAUUCUAUCCGUCCACCUGAAGGAUUCGCCCCUUUCUUUUGCCGUUAACAUUUAUUUUUUUCUUGCUCAUUCCAGUUAGUUUUCACCUGUCACUCACCCCGGAGCAAUAUCUCCUCUCUUGGCCGGAAUCAGCUAAUCUAGACUGGACCUAGAACUAGUGCCAGUCCCAGGAGCAAAAACCCAGGAAGCCCUUGUCUUUCACUUUGCGGAAUACGCCGAGUGGCUUUGAAGGCUAACCGGGAAAACGGUCCCUCCAAGUCCCGACCAAUAAUAAAAAAGAUCACCAAUGAGGAAAAGAAGAACAACACGAAAAUCAUCAACAAAGACAUGAUAGAAAACGAAAGAGACACUAUGCCCAUCGAAAGCGCAUUUCGUUCAUUCAUCGAACACGUCAACCUCGGCCGCUGGGACGAACUCGCUCAGUACGUGCCCCAGGAGGGCCGCGUCACUUACAACAAGCGCGAGUACCAUGGGGACGAGUUUUUGACGCGCAUGCGGGAGCGCAUUGGUGCCCUUCCCGAUGGAGCCUUUGAGGUCGACACGUCAAUGGGGGAUGAGGAGGCCCAGGUGGUCGCCGUGAGGAUAAUAUGGCGCACCAUCGUGCCCGACGGCGAGGACAUGGAGUUCAUGCCGGGCUUGGAAGGGAUCGUGUUGUCUGGUGGUGGUAGUGGUGGUGGGCGCGGCAGCAGCGCCACGGCGAAACAACGCCUCACUGGAGUGCAUCAUCUUUUCUGCUGGUUGAAGGACGGACAGGUGUCGGAUAUCGAGACGAUUGGAGACGUGGACGGCGUCUUUCUGGACGAUGACGUCUCUUCCACCACAGACUCUACAGCCGCCUAUGUAGCAGAGGAUACUCCGAGUCAAUUCACAUCGAAAGCAGACCUUUCGAGCAAUUACCGCGCUUACAUCGACUGCAUCAACGGUCGAACUAUGGAGGCCGACCUGCCGCGGUUCUGUCACCCCUCUGUGUGGCACAACAACCGCCAGCUCUCGCUGUCACAGUACAGGCUCCUGAUGGAGGACGCCCAGCGCGCCAUUCCAGAUAUUCGGUUCGACGUGCAGUCGCUCAUUGUCGACGAAAGCGCUCAACGGCUGGCAGUGCGACUCGAGUUCACCGGAGUGCCAGCUCUGAAAUGGGCAGGGGUUGAACCCAGCGGCAAGCCGGUCGCCUUUUCGGAGCAUGUAUUCUACUGGCUUCAAGACGGCAGGAUUUGCAAGGUGCUGAGUCUCGUUGAUCUUGCCACAUACAGAGAGCAAGUGCGAGGCUUGGGUCUGAGGUAACCGCCGAUAGUCAGGGACCAAUAAACCAGCAGUCCUGCACUGGGUGAUCAUACUUCCCAGGAAGCUGAUGAAUUGUUUUCCGAAAUUGUGUAUCAAAGCCAUACUUCUUUUUUCCCCUUUUCAUGGGCGUUUUCGUAUAUUUCUGUCACUUUAUCUCUUUCCUUGUAUAUCUGUUUCCGUCUUCACCAAGAACGUCAACGGAACCCCGGUUAAAUAACUUUCGGUCGAAUGGUGGAGGUCCCCCUACAAUAUUGGGAGUCUAGGAUCUUUUGUAUCACAGCCAACCGGUGGCCACCCGGGACGAUAGUGGAUACAAGUCCAUUCCCCUCGGAGAGAAAGCUCUCGGUGGUAUCAUCAUCGGUUUGCUAAAUUUCAACGCUGGCUGUCUGGAAUGGCAAGCUAGGGCUGAGAAAGCAGAAAGCAUGAGCGAGCUCACGUUGUGACAAAUAUAGUGGCUAUUCCAGAUAACUACGGGUACUCGUGGUACAAAUGAGGAGAGACUUGGAAUGUUCCAGUGCAUCAUCCAGCAAGCACACAAAUACAUGACCACUCGAUGAGCGAGUGUUGAGACGGGUCCGGUCACAACAGCAAAGGUUUACAUUGAACUGAGCUGGCAUAACAAAAAAAAAAGCACCCUGUCACUUGACCUCCCUCCAGACAAAAUUCCCACGAGCUUUUCCCAAGAGUCUUUGCGGCAUCAGAAAAGCCUGCCGCUCGGCGUCUCGAGUGGCACUUGACUGCGGCGUAGACAGCUUUCACAGUCCGGGCUCGAGAUGCAAUCGAAGAAGCUUUGCAAAAGCAUCAAAAAGCAAACGUCAGUCGGGUUGUUUUAGAAACAGCCUCACAACAAAAGAUGCGUUGGAGGAAACAAAAGAAAGGGACUGUAAGGGGCAGAAGCCAGGCGCUUACUUGGGCGACUUUUCAUCGCACGUGCAGACCGUUUUGCAAUCGACGACCCGAGUUGGAGACGCUGCAGGCUGUGUGGGAGAAGGGGAGACUGGGAUCGGGGCGGGCGCGGUCGAAGAACCGGAAGAGGAGGUCGCUGCCGGCGGUUCUCGGACAGUCACAGUCUCUAGGCCCACGGUGAUGACGACGGUGCUGACCAUGAGAGGCUCCCCAGCGACGGUCGGAAUCUCGACAUCGGUGAAGGAGAGGAACGGGGGCAGAGGGGGCGCCUCUACCACGGCGGCGAUGCACUCGGACGGGAUGGCCGACUCUUGGGGCCGCCGUGGGGAGAUUAUAGCGGCCAUGGCAGCAAGAGGAGCGCAUACCGCGAGGGUUGCGGUGAGGAGAUUUGCAAGUAGCAUUUUAUUUCCGGGGCAUUAAGGUAGCUUUUGGCCAGCUGGUAGUUUUUCUAGCUUUUGGUGUGCCCGCGAUUUGCAAGAACAAUGGCAGAAAGUCAGGGGUAUUGGACAGCUCCUUUCCAGUCUCAACGAAAAGCAGUCAUCGACGUAGGUCCUCUAUAUAGUGUUAAAACUACUACUUUCAACUCU